AUGGUUUCUGCUCACCAGAAUGGGACGGCAUUGUUUGUUGGCCCGAAGGACCCCCGGGAAAACUUGUAUCCACCGCCUGCCCAGAGUAUAUCCAUGACUUCAACCAUAAAGGACUAGCAUACCGUCGGUGUGACAACAACGGAACGUGGGAGCUGGCCACCGCCAACAAGACAUGGGCCAAUUAUAACGAGUGUGCAAAAUUCCUCUACCAUUACAACCACAGCCAUGAAAAGGAUGUCUUUCACCGUCUGUAUCUCAUCUACACAGUCGGGUACUCCAUCUCUCUGGGAUCACUCAUGGUGGCUGUCGUCAUCUUGGGAUAUUUCCGACGAUUGCACUGCACCAGGAACUACAUCCACAUGCACCUAUUUGUGUCCUACAUGCUAAGAGCUAUAAGUAUAUUUGUGAAAGAUGUUGUGCUCUACUCUGGAUCGGCCUUAGAGAACAUGGAAAGAGUCACAGUGGAAGACCUCAAGUCCAUCACUGAGGCCCCACCAGCCAACAAAACACAGUUCGUAAGUACACAAACACAGUACACUGUGUCCUUGAAGUAA